AUUUAUUUUUCUAUGAGUAAACAACACAAAAUUUAAAUAAAUCGUUUGUUGAUUGUUAUUUUGUUUUUGUUUAAAUAAAACAAAACUUAUCUUGUAAACAUGCUGCCAAGAAAGAAGAGAUUCCUACCAAACUCAACUACACUCAAAAAAACCACCACUUCAUCAACUUACUCAAGCUUACAAAUUUGCAAAAUGGAUCGCACUGUCAUCGAUACGUACAAAGCUGAAGAAAAAGAACUUGGGGAAAAACUUCACAGUAAGCUCACAGCCUUAACUUCUAUGAUUCAUCCGCCCACAGAUGAGUUCAAGAAAUGCUUUGUCCAGGAUAUGUUCCUGAAACCUAACCAGAAAGCAUUCUUCCACGUCAUGCACUAUCUAUUCACUUUACUGGAUCCACUGGAGUUCAAAAAACGCUUCUACUGGCCCAUUGUCGAUAAGAAAUCCGAAGCAAACUUUCGUUCCUCCACGGUCCAGUAUUUGACGCAUUUGAACGAGAAGCACAACUUGCAGUGGACCAAUAUUAAGAGCUACCUUGUUGUGAUGCCCGGAGGCAUGAAAUUUAUUGUAUUCCUCUUGGAUUUCAUCGAUUUCAUUGUCAAGGAGCUCAUCAAGCAGCGGGAAAAGUCCAUUCUGGGCGACAUGACGCGCGAACAGCUCUCGGAGUUCACUAUCGAUCGCAUGAAAGCCCAGAACAAGAUACACAAAGAGUAUGCAUCGCGCUAUCUCAAGGCAAUCGAUCUUCAAAUAGCAAAUCUGAAAGAAAACACCGAAAACUUACGGAAACAUGUGAAUGGCAUUUCCCUGCCUGAUCUCAAGACAUCAGAGUUGUUUGAGGAUUCAGUGCUGGCUGAGUUUUCCGCAAGCAAUCGUCAGCUAUAUAAAAGCAGGGUCCAACAAAGGGUUACACAAAUCGACUCAAUUGAGGAGCCAUUGAGGGAACUCAGGGAAAAGUUGGAUCGUUUCCAGAAUCACGAAGCUGGCGUCAAGUACGACAAAGAAAUGGUUAAGAGGUCGUUGCUAAGAAUAAAAGUACUCUAUCCUGAUCUUGAAGUGGGUCCUCUAAUGCAUGGAUCCGAGUUGCAAAUGGGAACGCUCCUCAACGCCUUCAAUCUCAUCUACCCGGAUCUGGAAUGCAACAUCAUCGCAGUCAAUCAGCAGGGAAAUAGGAACGACUUUAUUGGCAAAGAGCUGUCUACCUUGAAGACUGACAUUCUCCAAGUGGAAACUCAAGCAACCAAAUUUCUAUCAUCCGUCAGCGGUGAAUUCAGAAAUCCACACUCGAAGACGACUCCAGUGCGUUAUAAUUCUUUGGCUCCAUCUGGAGCGAGUAUCCUCUUCUCGAAGUUCGUUAACACGCCUCCCAUCAAGCUGGACAUGAUCGACAACAAGUUAAGCUCGAAUCCCAGACUUCCAUUCCUCGAUGACUUUGCAUUGGAGCGAUCCAUCGAAUCGUUCUGCUUUGUCAAUCAGCAGAACACCCUCUUCCCCACCAUGACUGCGCCGAGGUCGGCAAAGAAGACAUUGGACACUUCGAUGAGACUCAAUCAAAGUGCAACUGGGAAGUCUAAGAUCAUUGAUCCAUUAAAACUGUUACGAACUUUGAACAAGGACACGUCAAAGUCCAAGAAUACGUCCCGAAAUCUUUCGUCUCUCGCCUCGAAAUGGAAGAAACACGAGGAUCUCUUUGGCCGCGAAGAGCAUGGCGAUAUAUCGGAGAUCGAUGACGGGAGGACUAUCGUCUCUAUGGCGAUUGAUUCGCCCAUGGACUCCAACGACCAAACCACCAUGGCUCUCAACCACCAGUUGGAUACGUCGUCGUCUAUGAGGGCAUCAAGUGUUAUUGUCGAAGGGAAUUUACUAUUUCCCCGGAAGUUCUCCGCCGUUAAGAAGGUCCAGGAUGCUUCAAUGAACUUUCAGAAUCUAAGUACAAGUCCUUCGGGGAGAUUAGAUCCAUUGGUUCCAUUUGAUCCGAAGGAUUUUCCCAAAAUUUUACUCAAUGAUCGCACGAUUCUGGAAACUUCCUCAUCCUUGAAUAAAGUUGAUUUUCUUGAUGUUUCCAAUGCCGAUAAAUCCAACACGGCUCAUGACGACAUCAAUAAAAGUUUCUGUAGCAAGAAGAAAAUUCCAGUCUCCAAUGAAAAUGAUCCAAAUUUAUCGAAUUGUUUAUUUUCCAACGCCGGAAAUUCCAGUAAUGAUGCAAUUUUUGAUAUCAGCGAUGGCGUUUUGAAAGAUGUCACUAUGUAAGAUUGAAAUUUAAGUCUUGUUAAGAUGUUAAAAGAUAGUUUUUAAGUUAAGUACAUUUGUAAUUAUUAUUUAGUUUUGUUUAUUAUAAAAGUUUGAUUGGA